UAUUAUACAAAGAUUCUAAAGCGAUAAUGGUUUGAAUCUUGGACAUUUUUAAAAAAAAAUGUUAUUAGAUAUCUUAAUCAAUGGUUUGUACCAUUGCUAAUUACUAAUAAAUAAUAAUAACUAUUUUAACUAUUAGUGAAUUUGAUAAAUAUUUAUUCUAAUGUUUAAAUUAAAGUACUACAUAGCUAGGUACGUAAGUGUAUGAAAUAGUUCUAAAAAAAAUUAAAUGAUUUAGAAAAAAAUGUAAUAUAAUUAAAUUGCGUAUAAAUUUAGUUCUAAAAUUUUCGUUUUACCUAUUACUGAAUCAUGAGCAUGUCUUAUCAUCAAUUUGUUGAAUAUGCUGUUAGUUUGAAAAAUCAUUCAGAUACCAUUGAUGAUGGUUGGGCAAUGUGCGAAUACACCAACGCUCUGGACAACAAAGUCAUUAAGUACUUGACAAAAAAGGAAAUGCUGAAAAGAACAAAACAUUUGUUAAACUCUGAUGAUUCAGAACUAGAAUCAACAGAUGACUCACAUAUAAUGUGCGAAUAUCAUAUCCUCUACAAUUUAAGUUAUACUUGUCCAGAUUUAUAUUUUAAUAUGUGGCGUAUGAAUGGAAAAUUGUUAUCUUUGAAGCAUAUUUGGUCAUUAGUCCAUUCCUCUUUGAAAGAACCCCUGAUUGCAGACAAAUGGAAUGCUUUAACACAAAAGGAACAUCCUCUAAAAAAUGUACCAUUUUUCACAUUACACCCAUGUCAGACCACGCAUAUUAUGAAGCUUUUAGGCUUUUCAGAAAAAAAGGAUAUAAAAUCUCCUAUAGAACUAUUCUGCCCUGCUAGCAAAGAAGGGCGAAUGUGCCAAAUGUUGAUAAGGACAAUCCUCUUGUAGCUUGGUUAAGUACCAUUAGUCCUCUUGUGGGUCUUGAUAUGCAUUUAUCUUAUGGAAUUCUAUGCAAAUUAAGCUGACGUAUACCGUGGAAUGUAGUCAUGACUUUCUGAAUGGAAGUUACCUUAUCUUACUACAAGUAUAAUUUUUUACUUGGAACAACAUAACAUGUUAAUAAUUUUUGUAAAACUAUGAUCACAUUAUUUAAUUUCAAAAAAAAAAUUUUGCUUUUUGUGACUUAAUAGAGAAUAUGUUUUUUUUUUAAAUUUAAUAAGAAUUAUUAUGUUCAGAAUUUCAAAAUUACAACUUAUUUUUGGGGUUUUAAAGACAUUCGGAAUUUAAUGUUUGUUAAGACAAUAAAUAAUUUAUGUUUUCAUACAAUUUUAAUUUAUAAGCACUUAUUAUUAUAAUAAAUAAUGUUGAUUAAUUUAUAUAUUUAUAUUAUAUGUCAGAGGCGUAUUUAUGGGGGUAGAUGAAGGGGCUCCAGCCCCCUCUCGGAAUUUAUUUCAGUCUGCCUAUGAGCCUAUAUGAUGUGAACUGUAGAAGUUUUAUAUUGUCAAGUUUUUAUUAAGAGUUAGUGCCUCAGCCCCCCCCC